GCAGUCGCAUCGUGUCCUUUUUCUGUGUCCUUUUUCCACAACUACACGCUUUGGACUUUUCGCAAACACCUUGUAUUUCUACUUCUGGCAAUUUCAACACCCUCUCCUCACACCACACCAUUGCCGAUCAUGGCCUCUGAGUACACCUGCACGGCGUGCGGCUCCAACCUCUAUCUUAACUCCGCCUACGCCUUCCCCCCGGACUUCUACUUUGAGGCCGGAAACAAGGACUCCGUCUCUUUCUCCGCCGUAGACGCUUCCAAGUUCAAGUUCGAGAAGGAGGACAAGAUCCGCCCCUUCUUCGAAACCGUCAACUACUGGGGAAUUCAGAGGAAGAGAACCAAGAUCAAGUGCAACACCUGCUCCUCUCUCCUUGGCCAUAUCUACGACGACGGUCCACCGCUUACCAAUUCUCCCGGUCAGUUUCACAUGGGACCCAGCCAAGUCAUCCCCCGAGAACCAAGAUAUAGAUUGCAUUGCAAAUUGGAUGAGGCAGACCCCUUCAAUUUGAUGAUACUCAUAAAAUGGUUUGUUCUGACAAAUUGGCGUUGUGCUAUGGUUAACCUGGGAAGGGAAGAGUGAAGGUGGGUAAUAUGGGCAGGAUCAGGAUGUGGUUGGUAGGACGUUGAUCAUUCACAUAUUUUACUAAGAUAAAAAUGACUAUAAAGUUGUAUUUCAUAUUUAUCUUUAGAGAAUUAGAUCAAUGUUCUAUAGUGCUCUUGAGGCGUGGAAAUCUUUGAUGUUCAGCUUUUACGUUCACCAGUUUUGUGGUAAGAGUACUUGGCGGAUUAUAGUACUCCAUGUUCAUUAAAGUAGACAAAUUAUUAGUAUUACAAAAAGAACAUAUCAGUACACUUACCAGAAAACUGAGCCCUCUUGAUGUCU